AUGGCCUAUGAAACAUAUUAUCAUUCAUUAUUUAAAGUUAAUGGCGAAAAUCAAUAUGUAAUAUCGAAUAUGAAUUAUAAUUCAACUCCUUAUACGACAUCUGUGGAACCAAUGAUGACUCCUUUGGACUCGAAAAAGAAAACGACACGUCGAUCGAAACAUAUUCCACAUCAUUUACGACCUCAACAUCUUGUAGAAAAACGCAAUAGACGUGAACGAAAACGUGUCAAAGAUGUGAAUCAAGCGUUUGUAAUACUUCAAGCACUUCUGCCAUUGGAUACAUAUAAUAAUAAUAAGGAGAAAUCGAACUCGACUCGUAUAUCAAAAGUUUACACACUGCGAAAAGCGAUCGAUUAUAUAGAAGCCCUUCAAAACAUAUUAAAUGAAACGGAUUAA